CGGACCGGACCAAGCCGGGGCCACGGCCCCCCGCCCCGAAACCACGCCGAGCCCAAGGUAGACAAGAGAUGAAGCCAAUGAAGAAGGCGUGCACUGGCCUCCCAGGUCCUGGCAGCGGAGGCAAGUCCCCACCAGCCACUAGGGCAAAGGCCCUGAGGCGGCGAGGGGCUGGGGAGGGUGACAAGCCAGAGGAAGAGGACGAUGAGGUACAGCAGCAACCGGGCCCAGAAGAGGCCGAGGAGGGUGAGGAGGAGGAGGCCCAGCAGGGCUCAGGGGCUGAGGGGCUCCCCCUAGAGCUGCACCCUGAUGACGCGGCCCCAGGCCCAGCCGAGGACCCCAAGGGAGAGGGUGAGGCAGGCCGCUGGGAGCCCCCCCUCAGCCGAAAGACAGCCACAUUCAAGUCACGAGCGCCCAAGAAGAAGUAUGUGGAGGAGCAUGGUUCUGGCAGUGGCAGCAGUGGGGCAGCUGGGGCCCCUGAAGAGCGGGCAGGGGCAGCAACCCCUGAGGAAGCUGGCGCCCUCGGUGUCCCUCCACAGCCACCCACCUCCGCCCGCUCCUCCUCCACUGACACAGCCAGCGAGCACUCAGCUGACCUGGAGGAUGAGCCAGCCGAAGGCUGUGGGCCAGGGGCCUGGCCCCUGGGUGGCACCAGUGGGAGCUAUGACCUGCGGCAGCUGCGAUCCCAGCGGGUGCUGGCGCGACGUGGGGAUGGCCUCUUCUUGCCAGCUGUGGUACGCCAGGUACGGCGAAGCCAGGACUUGGGUGUGCAGUUUCCUGGGGACCGGGCCCUGACUUUCUAUGAGGGGGCACCCAGUGGUGGUGUAGAUGUGAUUUUGGAUGCCACGCCACCACCAGGUACGCUCGUGGUGGGCACAGCUGUCUGUACCUGUGUGGAGCCUGGGGUGGCUGCCUACCGUGAGGGUGUGGUGGUGGAGGUGGCUACCAAGCCAGCUGCCUACAAAGUCCGUCUCAGCCCUGGUCUUGGCUCCCAGCCAGGCCCCCCAGUCACCCUCUCACAGCCGUCGCAGCCAUCACAUCGUGAGCCUGAGGAGGCCAUAUGGGUGGCCCGCUCCAGCCUUCGCCUGCUUAGGCCCCCAUGGGAACCUGAGGCUCUUCUGAGGAAGCCCCCCACAGGCCCCGAGGAAGAGCAGGCCGAAUCAGGGACCACCGUGCCACCCUGCCCUGCUGCCCUGGACCCCAAGCAGCCUGAGGAUGCUGAGGUCUCCAAGAUCAGCUUUGGUGGCAAUCUGGGGGCUUGUGAGGAGGGUGAGGAGAAGCACCCGCCAGUCCAGGGCACCCCAGCCCUGCUCCCACUGCCCCCACCCCAGCUCCUGUCACCGCCACCCAAAUCCCCAGCCUUUGCAGGCCCAGGUCGCCCUGGUGAGCAGCCCUCACCCUGCCAGGAGGGGAGUCAGGGUGGCAGCCGUAGCAGCAGUGUGGCCUCUUUGGAGAAGGGGGCCGCUCCGGCCACCCGUGCCCGCACACCACUGACAGCUGCCCAGCAGAAGUACAAGAAGGGUGAUGUGGUCUGCACACCUAAUGGAAUUCGCAAGAAAUUCAAUGGCAAGCAGUGGCGGCGGCUGUGCUCACGAGAUGGCUGUAUGAAGGAGUCGCAGCGGCGGGGCUACUGCUCCCGCCACCUGUCCAUGCGAACCAAGGAAAUGGAGGGCCUGGCUGACAGUGGCCCAGGUGGGGCUGGGCGGCCUGCCGGUGUGGCAGCUCGUGAGGGCAGCACCGAAUUCGACUGGGGCGAUGAGACAUCGAGGGACAGUGAGGCCAGCAGUGUGGCAGCCCGCGGAGAUUCACGCCCACGCCUGGUAGCCCCCGCUGACCUGUCACGCUUUGAGUUUGACGAGUGUGAGGCAGCAGUGAUGCUGGUAUCCUUGGGCAGCUCCCGCUCAGGCACACCCUCCUUCUCCCCGGUCUCUACGCAAUCGCCCUUCUCACCAGCGCCCUCACCCUCACCCUCGCCACUCUUCGGCUUUCGUCCAGCCAACUUCAGCCCCAUCAAUGCGUCGCCAGUCAUCCAACGCACUGGUGUUCGCAGUCGCCACCUGAGCGCCAGUACUCCUAAAGCAGGGGUGCUCACACCACCAGACCUGGGCCCCCACCCCCCACCACCUGCUCCUCGAGAGAGGCAUUCCUCUGGCAUCCUACCCACCUUCCAGACCAACCUGACCUUCACCGUGCCCAUCAGCCCUGGGCGGCGGAAGACAGAGCUGCUGCCUCACCCAGGGGCAUUGGGAGCCCCUGGUACAGGGGGUGGAGGAGCUGCCCCAGACUUCCCCAAGAGUGACAGCCUAGACUCUGGUGUGGACUCUGUGUCCCACACACCUACACCCUCCACACCGGCUGGCUUCCGGGCUGUGUCGCCUGCCGUGCCCUUCUCCCGUUCUCGUCAGCCCUCACCAUUGCUGCUGCUGCCCCCACCUGCUGGCCUGACCUCGGAUCCUGGACCCUCUGUGCGUAGGGUGCCUGCUGUGCAACGGGACUCACCUGUUAUUGUCCGAAACCCUGACGUGCCACUACCUUCCAAAUUCCCUGGGGAGGUGGGCACUGCUGGGGAGGCUCGAGCUGUAGGACCUGGGCGGGGCUGCCGAGAGACCCCAGUGCCCCCUGGGGUGGCCAGUGGGAAGCCUGGCCUGCCCCCACCUCUGCCAGCCCCUGUACCCAUAACCGUGCCUCCAGCUGCACCGACCGCUGUGGCCCAGCCGAUGCCCACCUUUGGCCUGGCUUCCUCGCCCUUCCAGCCGGUUGCCUUCCACCCCUCACCUGCUGCCCUGUUGCCCGUCCUGGUGCCCAGCAGCUACACCAGCCACCCUGCCCCCAAGAAGGAAGUCAUCAUGGGUCGGCCUGGGACAGUGUGGACGAAUGUGGAACCUCGCUCUGUCGCCGUGUUUCCCUGGCACUCCUUAGUCCCCUUCCUGGCCCCCAGCCAGCCAGACCCCUCCGUGCAGCCAAGUGAGGCCCAGCAACCUGCCAGCCACCCAGUGGCUUCCAACCAGAGCAAAGAACCUGCUGAGUCGGCAGCUGUUGCUCAUGAGCAGCCACUGGGCGGGACGGGGAAUGCUGACCCUGGGCGGCCCCCUGGAGGAGCCACAUGCCCUGAGAGCCCAGGGCCUGGACCCCCCCACACUUUGGGGGUGGUGGAACCUGGAAAGGGCCCCCCUCCCACUACUGAGGAGGAGGCCCCGGGCCCUCCAGGAGAAUCCCGGCUGGACAGUGAGACGGAGAGUGACCAUGAUGACGCCUUCCUCUCCAUCAUGUCUCCUGAGAUCCAGUUGCCUUUGCCACCUGGAAAACGCCGGACCCAGUCCCUUAGUGCCCUGCCCAAGGAACGAGACUCAUCUUCGGAGAAGGAUGGACGCAGCCCCAACAAGAGGGAGAAGGACCAUAUCCGGCGGCCUAUGAAUGCCUUCAUGAUCUUCAGCAAGCGGCACCGGGCCCUGGUCCAUCAGCGUCACCCCAACCAGGACAAUAGGACCGUCAGCAAGAUCCUGGGCGAGUGGUGGUAUGCCCUGGGGCCCAAGGAGAAGCAGAAGUACCACGACCUGGCCUUCCAGGUGAAAGAGGCCCACUUUAAGGCCCACCCAGACUGGAAGUGGUGCAACAAGGACCGAAAGAAAUCCAGCUCAGAGGCCAAGCCCACAAGUCUGGGGUUGGCAGGAGGGCACAAGGAGACGCGGGAGCGGAGCAUGUCGGAGACGGGCACCGCUGCUGCCCCUGGAGUGUCUUCUGAGCUUCUAUCUGUCGCAGCCCAGACACUUUUGAGCUCGGACCCCAAGGCUCCAGGGAGCGGCUCCUGUGGGGCAGAACGUCUGCACGCAGUUGGAGGACCUGGUUCAGCCCGGCCCCGAGCCUUCUCCCACAGUGGGGUCCACAGCCUGGAUGGUGGAGAAGUAGACAGCCAGGCACUACAGGAAUUGACUCAGAUGGUGUCUGGCCCUGCGUCCUAUGCUGGCCCAAAGCCUUCCACACAAUAUGGGGCUCCAGGCCCCUUUGCAGCCCCUGGAGAGGGAGGUGCCCUAGCAGCCAGUGGGCGGCCUCCACUGCUGCCCACCCGAGCCUCCCGUUCCCAGCGUGCGGCCAGUGAGGACAUGACCAGUGAUGAGGAACGAAUGGUUAUCUGUGAGGAGGAAGGGGAUGAUGAUGUCAUUGCUGACGAUGGGUUCAGCACCACAGACAUUGACCUCAAGUGCAAGGAGCGGGUAACUGACAGCGAGAGCGGAGAUAGCUCUGGGGAAGACCCAGAGGGCAGCAAGAGCUAUGGCCGGAAGGUGUUCUCACCUGUGAUUCGUUCUCCCUUUACCCACUGCCGUCCGUCACUGGACCCUGAGCCCCCAGGGCCCCCGGAUCCACCUGCAGCCUUCAGCAAAGGCUACGGGCCCACAUCCUCCUCCUCAUCCCCACCUGCAUCCUCCUCAGCGUCAGCAGCCACCUUCUCAUUGGGCUCAGGGACCUUCAAGGCCCAGGAGUCAGGUCAGGGCAGCAUAGCAGGCCCACUACGGCCCCCACCCCCUGGGGCUGGGGGCCCAGCAACACCUUCCAAGGCCACCCGCUUUCUCCCAACGGAUCCUACCACCUUCCGGCGCAAGAGGCCUGAAAGUGGGGGGGUCCUGGAGCCACCUGGCCCCUCAGUUAUUGCAGCACCUCCUGGCGGGGGAGGAAGUGUCCUACAGACACUGGUCCUGCCUCCAAACAAGGAGGAACGGGAGGGCAGCGGAGCCCGCAUGUCCUCAGCCCCAGCUUCAUCACUAGCCUAUGGGGCCCCAACAGCUCCCCUGUCCCGCCCAGCCGCCACCAUGGUCACCAACGUAGUGCGGCCUGUCAGCAGCACUCCUGUGCCCAUCGCCUCCAAGCCCUUCUCCACCUCUGGCCGGGUGGAAGCAUCUCCAAAUGACACAGUAGGUGCCAGGACUGAAGUGGUCGCUGGAUCCCGGGCACCAGGGGGCUCUCCACUGGGCGUCAGUUUAGUAUAUUCGGACAAGAAGUCAGCAACAGCCACCUCACCAGCCCCACAUCUGGUGGCUGGGCCCCUACUGGGUGCUGUAGGGAAGGCACCUGCCACUGUCACCAAUCUGCUGGUGGGCACCCCAGGCUAUGGAGCCCCUGCACCCUCUGCUGUCCAGUUUAUUGCCCAAGGGACCCCUGGCACUGGGGCCACUACAGGCUCAGGAGCAGGUGCUGGGAGUGGUCCCAAUGGGCCAGUGCCCCUGGGUAUUCUGCAGUCAGGUGCCCUGGGCAAGGCUGGGGGAAUCACCCAGGUGCAGUACAUCCUGCCCACACUGCCCCAGCAGCUUCAAGUGGCACCUGCUCCAGCACCAGCCCCUGGGACCAAGGCAGUGGCUCCCAGUGGUCCUGCACCCACCACCAGCAUUCGUUUCACCCUCCCACCGGGCACCUCCACCAACAGCAAGGUCCUGGCUGCCACUGCACCCACUCCUGGCAUCCCCAUCCUGCAGUCUGUACCCUCUGCCCCGCCCCCUAAAGCCCAGUCGGUUUCUCCUGUGCAGGCCCCACCAUCAGGUGGCUCAGCCCAGCUGUUACCUGGGAAGGUACUAGUGCCCCUGGCCACCCCUAGCAUGUCAGUGCGGGGUGGAGGAGCCGGCCAGCCGCUGCCCCUGGUGAGCCCACCCUUCUCAGUACCUGUGCAGAAUGGCGCCCAGCCACCUAGCAAGAUCAUCCAGCUGACUCCAGUGCCUGUGAGCACACCGAGUGGUCUGGUGCCGCCACUCAGCCCAGCCACGAUCCCUGGUCCCACCUCGCAGCCUCAGAAGGUCCUGCUGCCCUCUUCUACCAGAAUCACUUAUGUGCAGUCAGCCGGCGGGCAUACGCUGCCUCUGGGUACCAGCCCAGCGUCCAGCCAGGCUGGAACAGUCACCUCAUAUGGGCCCACGAGCUCUGUAGCCCUAGGCUUCACCUCCCUGGGGCCCAGUGGCCCUGCCUUCGUGCAGCCCCUGCUUUCAGGCCAAGCCCCACUGCUGGCUCCUGGCCAGGUGGGCGUGUCACCUGUGCCCAGCCCCCAGCUGCCUCCCACCUGUGCAGCCCCUGGAGCUCCUGUCAUCACGGCAUUUUACCCUGGCAGCCCCGUAACCACCUCGUCAGCACCCCUGGCCCAGCCAUCCCAGGCCCCCCCAGGCCUGGUCUACACUGUGGCCACCAGCACCACCCCCCCUACUGCUACAAUCCUGCCCAAGGGUCCACCGGCCCCUCCCACUGCCACUGCUACUGCCACUGCCACCCCAGCCCCUACCAGCCCUUUCCCUAGUGCCACAGCAGGCUCCAUGACUUACAGCUUAGUGGCCCCCAAGGCCCAGAGGCCCACUCCCAAGGCCCCCCAGAAAGUGAAGGCAGCCAUCGCCAGCAUUCCUGUGGGCUCCUUUGAGGCAGGUGCCCCUGGGCGGCCUGGCCCUGCACCUCGGCAGCCUUUGGAGCCUGGCUCAGCUCGUGAGCCUGCUGCCCCUGAGUCUGAGCUUGAGGGGCAGCCUACAACGCCGGCCCCUCCACCUCUCCCAGAGACCUGGGCUCCCACUGCCCGGAGCAGCCCCCCCACACCCCUGCCUGCUGAGGAGCGGACCAGCACCAAGGGCCCUGAGACUAUGGCCAGCAAAUUCCCCAGCUCAUCUUCAGACUGGCGCGUCCCUGGGCUGGGCCUGGAGAGUCGCGGGGAGCCUCCCACCCCUCCCAGCCCAGCCCCAGCUCCAGCCUCAGCCCCCAGCAGCAGCAGUGGCAGCAGUGAGGGCAGUAGUGGCAGGGCAGCUGGGGACACCCCUGAGCGCAAGGAGGCAGCCAGUACCGGCAAGAAGGUGAAGGUGCGGCCCCCGCCCCUGAAGAAGACCUUUGACUCUGUGGACAAGGUCCUGUCAGAAGUAGACUUUGAAGAACGCUUUGCUGAGCUGCCUGAGUUUCGGCCUGAAGAGGUAUUGCCUUCUCCCACCCUGCAAUCUCUGGCCACCUCACCCCGGGCCAUCCUGGGCUCCUAUCGCAAGAAAAGGAAGAAUUCCACUGACCUGGAUUCGGCCCCCGAGGACCCCACCUCGCCUAAGCGCAAGAUGAGGAGACGCUCCAGCUGCAGCUCAGAGCCCAAUACCCCCAAGAGUGCCAAGUGCGAGGGAGACAUCUUCACCUUUGACCGUACAGGUACAGAAGCUGAGGAUGUGCUCGGGGAGCUGGAAUAUGAGAAAGUGCCAUAUUCGUCACUGCGGCGCACCCUGGACCAGCGCCGAGCCCUGGUCAUGCAGCUCUUCCAAGACCAUGGCUUUUUCCCAUCAGCCCAGGCCACGGCAGCCUUCCAGGCCCGCUACGCAGACAUCUUCCCUUCCAAGGUCUGUCUGCAGUUGAAGAUCCGUGAGGUGCGCCAGAAGAUCAUGCAGGCAGCCACUCCCACGGAGCAGCCCCCCGGAGCUGAAGCCCCCCUCCCUGGACCGCCCCCCACUGGCACUGCUGCUGCCCCUGUUCCCACUCCCAGCCCUGCUGGGGGCCCUGACCCCACCUCACCUGGCUCGGACUCUGGCAUGGCCCAGGCUGCCCCAACACUGCCUCCACCCCCAGAGCCGGGGCCCGGACAGCCUGCCUGGGAGGGGACCCCUCAGCCCUCUCCUCCACCCCCUGGUCCCUCCACAGCUGCCACAGGCAGGUGAGGGGUUCCUGAGAAGAUCCCAGGACCCCAUAGUACCCCCCUCAGGACAUGGACAGUAUGUAGAUGGCAGGAAUGGGGGGGCAGGGUGGUUACCUCCUCCCCAAUAAAGCCAUUUCAUCCUUUCCAGUUUGGGGUGGAACAAGGCCUGCUCCUCUGUGUAUCCCUGCCCCCCCCCCACAGCUGCCUCCCAAUGAUGGGGGGCAGCUGAGGGGAAGCAGGGGCACAGUCUCCCUCUACCGAGCCCCUGUACAUAAUAACCUGGAGUGUGUGACCUUCAGAUCUUUUCACUUGUACUUUAUGCAAAAUGGCUCGUGUGAGGGCUGCAAGCAGAGAGAAGUGAGGGCCUUGGGCCACAGGGAGGUGCCUGUGGAGUAGGGGGAGUUCAUGCACCCCUUUUUCCCCCAGAGGGGCUGGACUCAGGUUAGUUUGGGGGUGGGGGCUCCUGCACUUUGCCACAGGCUUGGGGAGGGUUCUCUCCCCACCCCUCUGCCCUCCCAACUUGGGUUGUACUUUCUAAGAAGGUGAUUUCCCCCUACCCUUGUCCCCAUCCCCUGAACAAAACAUGUUGAUCAUGUGCAAUAUUUCUUACUGUGCCGAGAAGCCACAAUGACCGUGAUUAAAGCUGUUUAACACACCUGUGCGCUGACCACUUGAAAGGGAGAAGGGGUGUUGGUUGUACCAGUUAUGUUGCCAGAUGGCCAUGGGACUAUAUACUUUCUCCCCAGUGAGGUGAGAGCAGUGCCAGGACAACUCCCUCCCAUCUGGACUCAAUGACCUGAGGCCCCUGACCCGUUGUAGGCCAGGCAGCCCCUCUAGUUCUGGUGCUCAGGGAGUUGUGAUAUCUCUGCCAUCCAACAUAUAUGGGCUUGGGCAAGGCUUAGAUAUGCAAAGGCAGUUGACCCUUGAAGUUGCUGGACCUGAGGUCUGAGGCCAGAGGUGGCACUGUCCCAAGUACUGUGCUGUCCUCAGAGUGACUCCUGCUGCCCCCAUGUGGCCUGGUCCAACACUGCAACCAGGCCAGGAGCCUCACCUGGGUUAGUAUUACACCCCUUAGCCAGUGAAUAGUGCCUGUCUGAGACAGACACCUGUACCCUGUAUGGAGGGAUGACUGCAGGGAGUAGGAUCAGGAAGCUUCCAGAGCACCAGCCAGGAGAAGAGCAUGUGCAAAAAUUGGAAGCCACUAUGUUCCCAGAAUUCUU